CGCAUCAGAACCACGUCACUCACCGGAGACCUGCCACAUACUCGCUAAAACAUUAGCCAGCAGCUAGCAUCUGGCUGCCCAGAAAUGUCGAUUUCUCCAAUAAAGGAGGGACUUUCACUUAUGAGUUAGUCAUGGUGAGAAGUGAGGAAAACGGGAUGGAGCCGUGGAUCAAGCCACAUCUCACAUCUUCAGCUGACUGAUUAAAUCUCCAAACCAACUGCACUAACAAGAAGAAAACAAUCCCCAUCAUGGGAAGGAUCAGCUUUUCGUGCCUUUUCCCAGCCUCAUGGCAUUUCAGCCUGUCUUCCCUGUUUCUUCCUCGGCUCCUGACACCUUCCCUCCGACAGCUGCUCUUCAUCGGCCUGCUGCUCGGCCUCAUUGGACUGCUUUACCUGCUGCUUCUCUCAAAGGGGCACGCCAGCUGGCUCAGAGAAGAAAACCACUUUCACAGGCACUUGGCAAGGGUGACUGAUGUGGAUGCAACAGAUACAAGUAAUCCCGAUCUAAACUACGGCCUGGUGGUGGACUGUGGCAGCAGUGGCUCCAGGGUUUUUGUGUACUGUUGGCCCCGGCAUAAUGGCAAUCCCCAUGAACUGCUGGACAUUCAGCAAAUGAGAGAUCAACACCGCAAACCAGUGGUCAUGAAGAUCAAACCAGGUAUCUCUGAAUUGGCUAAAACACCAGAGAAAGCAAGUGAUUAUAUCUAUCCAUUGCUGAGCUUUGCAGCCCAACACAUUCCCAAAAAUAAGCACCAAGAGACCCCCCUGUACAUCCUGUGCACAGCUGGAAUGAGAAUCCUUCCUGAAAGUCAACAAGAAGCUCUUCUUGAGGAUCUGCGAACUGACAUCCCGGUCCACUUCAACUUCCUUUUCUCUGAUUCUCAUGUGGAAGUGAUUUCUGGAAAACAGGAAGGUAAAUGA